AAAUACUUACUUUCUCACUGCUGCCUGUAAUGAAGUAUUGGUACACUGUGCAAUGUUUGGUCAGUAAUAAAUUAACGUGCCAAAAAAAUGUCAUAUAUUUUUUGGAUAUUCUCAGUACUAUGUCCCUUUCUUGUGCAUUCUGAAAGUGGUGAUUAUGAUGAUCCCAUUUUCUGCUCAUCCACACUGACCUUCGGACAGAAUAACCUAACCUGUUUCCCGGCUGCUGGAGACACUGACGACAUUGAAUUUGCAUCACUUUGCUCAAACACCUGUUUUAAUGGCACCUUGGACCCUGAUAGCAUUAACUUUCAGAAUCUGAGGAUAUUGACACCCUAUAAACUGAAGACCCACUUUAAAGAAGGUGAAGUACUUGUACAAGAUAUCAACUUGGUGAGAAUAGUAAAAAUUCCAACUCCUGAAAUACAGAAUGCUACAUACAAGUUUGAUGAGGCUAUUAUAUACAUUAAAUACAAGCAUGACUAUGUCAUCAACCCUGCUUUUGAAGUGCAAAUCAGGGGGAAGUCCUUCAACAAUGUAGUCAUAUUUUUUUUACUCCACAUUAGCUUUAUAAUGCCACAAAAGUUAUUUUUUCAGUAUCAUAAUUGCAUAUGUCUUUUUUAUCAGGUGUUUAAAACAUUGUUCCAGCCAGUGACCAUAAGCAGACACUUGCUGAGAGACAAUGAAGAAUACUAUGUAUGUGCGAGAGCCAAACCCAUCGAAUAUUUCAAUGGCAGAUGGACUAACUGGAGCCCAGAGAAAAGUUUCACUGUGAACACAGAAGACCAAGCUCCACUUGUUAUCACUCUUCUCUACACUCUUCUCUGCACAAGUGUCAUUCUGCUGGUUGUCAUUGGCUUGGUGGGCCUACGAUGCAAAGAAAUAAAAGCUCUAAUUUCUCCAAACAUCCCUCACCCAAAGGCCACUCUUGCCCAGAUACACAGGUUAAAGGAGCACCCACCUGUCAGUUUUAGCCCAGAAAUGUUCAAUGAUGUCAAUAUCAACCAUGUGGAUUAUACUGAAGAGAUGCACCUUACUCCUGAGCUCAACGAGAGUCACACUGCCAUCAUAGGAUGCUGCACCAGUGGAGUUGUGGGAUUGAAAUCUUCUCAGCCUGCAUCAUUGAGUGAGACACAGGAUGGAGAUGAUCAAAGGCUUGAGGUGGAGAUGUCCCAUCUGAAAAUUAAGUUGCUGGAUCAGUCAGUGUCUAGUGAUGAAGGAGAAAAUCAUGUUGGCUGCCAGAGUCUAGCUGCUCUCCAAAGAGAUUAUAAGGAUGAGACCUAUGUCACCAUGUCCAGCCUCUACAAGACACAGUGUGGCUAGUGUUGGAAAACAUACUGUUCAUUUUAAUCUUUAUCUGGAGGUCUGCUCUCAUUCUCAAAGUUUUACAUGGCCAAAUGUGGUGGAUGACUAUCAGUGGCCAGAGGCCAACAAAUUUAUAGGUGUUUUGUUUGGAAUGGAACACAUAUUUCUUGUUUGACCAACAUCCUACAAUAAGCGAAAUAUAAUAUCAGUGCAUAGGCAACUGUAUAAGAGGUGUCAAACAUCCAGUAUCACUUGCUGCUAAGAAUAUUCUUUGAAUGUAAAAAACAAAACAAAACUUGGGCUUGAAAAAUCUCUUUAUUCUGCUGCUUGGAUUUGCAAAAGCAGUAUAAUUUAAUUUGCCAUGUGCAACACAAUCAACCAUUUCUACAAACAUCAAGAUAUUACAGAAUAACAAUAAUGAGUAACUAUGUAACUAUGUCCUGACACAUCAUGUAUAUUCUCACUGAAUGUUGUGUGAGUGUUUGGAUAAGCCAUGCAUCUUGACACAAUACAGGCAUUUCCCAAGGGGCUGUGAUUUUUUUUUGUAAUGUAACUAUUAAUUAAUUAACCCAGUAUUGCAAUUAUCAUGUUUGUAAUGCAUUAAUUUCACCAACACAAAAUAUGCAGAGAAGAGUGGGGCUGCUCAUCUGAGAGGUUCUGUGUACACUUAUGUUUACAUAAUUUAGCAGACACACGUAUCCGACUUACAUAUUCACCAGUAUGAUAGUACAUGUCCUCCCUAGGGAACUGCCCUCAGGAUCUAGGUGUUACUAGCACCAUGCUCUACUUGAUCUAUCAAGUCAGCUACUGGAGCUCACCUUUUAAGAUAUUACUGCUGAUGACAUGAUGUAAUACCAUAAUUGCUGCUAGCUUUGAUGCAUUUACUCAACAUUACAAGGCUUCCUGGCACAAUGAAUAUAAUGAACAGCAUAUAGUAUUUCCUCAUAUUUGUACUUGUAUAUGGUAUGUAUCCUAUAUAGAAGUGAAUGUAUCCAUACAUAGUUGCCCUGGGAAAGAGCUCUUAAUACCUUUUUUUUUUUUUUUACAAGUCUCAGGUAUGUUUUCUUAAAUCUUUGUUUUACAUUCGACUCUGUAAGGCAUUUUAUAUUUUCAGACAUUAAAGUGCAAUGGGAAUAAAUGCAUCACUUAUAAAAGCAUCACAUUUAAUCA